GCCGUGCCCCCCUUUUCUUCAUCGGUGACCGGAGCUGCUUCCUCACGUGACUGUGCCCGAAUCAGCGGAGCUCCGGGACUACAUGGAGGAUCACCCGGCGGUGGCGGGAAUGGCUGCCUCGGCUAGGCCGCAGGUCGGAGGCCCCGGGCAGAGCCCGGCGCAGGGAAUCCCUUCAUCAGAGUCGGGCUGUGAGCUCCCCGCUCGGCCCAUGCAGUACACCAUCCCCGGGAUCCUGCACUACAUUCAGCACGAAUGGGCUCGCUUCGAGAUGGAGAGAGCGCACUGGGAGGUGGAGAGGGCCGAGUUACAGGCACGGAUAGCUUUCCUGCAAGGUGAAAGAAAAGGUCAAGAAAAUCUGAAGAAGGAUUUAGUACGAAGAAUAAAAAUGUUAGAAUAUGCUUUGAAGCAAGAGAGGGCAAAAUAUCAUAAAUUAAAAUAUGGAACAGAAUUGAAUCAAGGAGAAAUGAAGAUGCCAGCGUUUGAACCAGAAGAAACCAAAGAUUCCGAGAUUCCUGCAGGACCUCAGAAUAGUCAGCUGACGUGGAAGCAAGGGCGACAGCUUUUAAGACAGUAUCUCCAAGAGGUUGGCUAUACAGACACAAUAUUAGAUGUUCGGUCACAAAGGGUACGCUCUCUGCUCGGACUUUCAGGCUCAGAGCCAAAUGGCUCUGUUGAAACAAAGAACUUAGAACAGAUACUCAACGGAGGAGACUCUUCUUCACUGAAACAAAAGGGACAGGAAAACAAAAGGAACUCAGGUGAUGUCCUUGAAACCUUCAACUUCUUAGAAGGUGCAGAGGACAGCGAUGAAGAGGAUGAAGGAGACCUUAUAGAAGACGUCACUGAUGGGAAAGAGAAACAACGAUUAAACAAAAAACACAAAAUUGGAAAUGAAGGUUUAGCUGCUGAACUUGCUGAAGAUACAGAAGAAGCACUGAAAGAAUUUGACUUCCUUGUGACAGCAGAAGAUGGAGAAGGAGCAGGUGAAGCAAGGAGUUCAGGAGAUGGCACUGAGUGGGACAAGGAUGUCCUGUCCCCAACUGCUGAGGUUUGGGAUGUAGACCAGUCUCUGAUAAAUAAACUGAAGGACCAGUACACAAAGGAGCGCAAGGGAACAAAAGGGGCCAAGCGGGUAAACCGGACGAAAUUGCACGAUAUGAUUGCAGACCUGGGUGAUGAGGAUCUGUCCCACCUCCCGCCGGGCAUCCUGAGUCCGGCCCGAUCACCAACCAGAAUAACAGAUCAUGAAGGUGGGAGGGCAGAGGAAGCUGAGCCCAUAACCUUUCCAUCUGGUAGUGGGAAGUCUUUCAUAAUGGGAUCCGAAGAUGUCCUUGAGAGCGUGUUAGGACUUGGAGACCUAGCAGACCUGACUGUGAGCAAUGAAUCGGAGUACAGUUAUGAUUUGCCAACUAAUAAAGACGCAUUCAGGAAGACCUGGAACCCCAAAUACACCCUAAGAAGUCAUUUUGAUGGUGUCAGAGCCCUGGCAUUUCAUCCUGUUGAACCUGUAUUGGUGACUGCCUCUGAAGACCACACUCUAAAACUGUGGAAUCUGCAGAAAACAGUCCCUGCCAAAAAGAGUGCCUCUCUUGAUGUGGAACCAAUCUAUACGUUUAGGGCUCACAUUGGUCCAGUUUUAUCACUUGUGGUCAGCUCUAAUGGAGAGCACUGUUACAGCGGUGGAUUGGAUGCUACAAUACAGUGGUGGAAAAUGCCAAGUCCCAAUGUAGAUCCGUAUGACACGUAUGAUCCAACUGUUCUUGCCGGCACAUUGGUUGGACACACAGAUGCGGUGUGGGGCCUCUCUCACAGUGGAAAUAAAGACAGUCUGUUGUCAUGCUCUGCUGAUGGAACUGUCCGGUUAUGGAACCCACCAGAAAGCAAACCAUGUGUUGGCACAUACAAUGGUAACAAAGAACAUGGAAUCCCAACUUCUGUAGAUUUUAUUGGCUGUGACCCAGCCCACGCCGUUGCCUCAUUUACAAGUGGUUGCAUCGUAGUCUAUGACUUAGAAACUUCACAGUCCAUGCUGCAGUUAUCUGCACCUACGGAUUCUAGUAUCCCAUUCAAUGGUUACAUAAAUAAAGUUGUAAGUCAUCCUACUCUUCCUGUUACUAUUGCUGCAUAUGAGGACAGGAACAUCAAGUUUUUUGACAACAAAUCAGGCAAGACCAUUCAUUCAAUGGUUGCUCACCUGGAUGCUGUUACAAGUCUUGCAGUGGACCCCAAUGGAAUUUACUUGAUGUCUGGAAGCCAUGAUUGUUCUAUUCGCUUGUGGAAUCUGGACAGCAAGACAUGCGUGCAGGAGAUUACAGCCCACCGCAAGAAAUUGGACGAGUCCAUUUACGAUGUUGCCUUUCACCCAUCCAAAGCAUUCAUCGCCAGUGCUGGAGCAGAUGCUCUGGCCAAGGUCUUUGUUUGACCCCCCUUCACCUGCCCUUACCCUUCACACAAUGCCACAAGUGCAUUCUGGGACGAAAUUAAGACACUUGCGGUAUUUAAACAAAUUCUUACAACAUCACUGCCAAGAGGAGUUUGCUCUCAUGUUGACACUACAAAACAGCUCCCUCUGCAGGACAGAAAGAUACUGGUUACAGAGCGGCAGGCACUACCCUCCCUUUCUUCUCAUUUAUCAGGAUGGUUCUGUGCAGGGCUUUAAUUACUGUAAUUUAAUACUUCCUCUUUUCACAGUAACCAGUAUUCACAGCCCCUGCAUAGGGUGUCUGUCCUAUAUUAUAUAUAUAUAAUAUAAAUAUGUUCUUUCUUCUACAGUCCACAGAGAAUAAAACAAAAAACCUUUUAAUUUUAUUUUAAUUAUUUUGGCUUUCUGCCUUGUAUUUUAAUUCAGGCCCUGGAUGCACAGCUAUUGUGACUCAGGAGCCCAACUAACAUAAAGGGGGGGUAUGGAGCUGCUUCUCAACUUUUCGGCAUACCCCUUUAAUGAAUUUGUUUGCCUGUUCAGAUACAGUUACAAUGCAAUAGAUCUCAAACCGCUUUAAUACUUGCAAUCAUUUUAAAUGGAACGCUAAAGGACUUGUGAUGAGCCAGUUCCACACGCAUCAAACCCUGUGUAAACUGCAAAAUCUUGUUGGCUUACUUUCUCAUUUGUGUGUAGGUAAUUACUCGCAGAGCUGGCAUUGUAGGUCUCUGUGCCUGGCAGCCAAUGAAGGGACUUUAUUUUUUUUGACAGUUUUUUUUAAUUUAUUAUUUCCUGGCAACAAAAGCUAGCGUGUAACUUUAUAUAUUUUUAGCAUUAAUACAAUCUGUACACAAGUUUUUUCUUUUUUUUAAAAACCUGUCACAUAAUUGCAGUGUUUUUAUCGGGCUCUGAAGUCUGACAGUGAAUGCGUUUUGCAGCUUUUUUUAUAGUGCUGCCCU